AUGUCAAUUGUAUCGUUCAAAGUUUCUGAUGAUAACCCUGUCACCGAAAAAACCGUAGGAUCGCAGCUUGCUAAACUCAAUGUAACACUUUUUCCCAAUGAGAUAUCCGAUUUUCAAUGUUUUUUAGCCGCUGCUCAUGAAACUGCCAAAGUAGUAGAUGCAAUGGACGAUUUCAAGCCCACAACUGAUCUAAUGCGAUUUCCAAGAAAAAACGUGGAAGCAAUAUUGGCUAAAGAUAAGCUUGGAGCGUGGGUGUACAGGUUUGAUCUGCAAGAUGCUCAGGCAAACAAUGGCCCUUUAUCUGGAACUACUAUUUGUGUUAAAGAUUGUAUAGCAGUUGCAGGAAUUCCUCAGAUCAUGGGUACAGAUUGCUGGGAGCCUUGGACCCCAUCAGCAGACGCAACAGUAGUUACUCGCCUUUUGGAGGCCGGAGCUACUAUCCUCGGCACCUCAAAUUGCGAGCAACUAUGUGCUUUCACAGGAAGUCACACCUCCUGCCUAGGGAAUGUAGACAAUCCCUAUCUGCCUGGGCAUUCUGCCGGGGGGAGUAGUUCUGGAUCAGCAGCUAUUUUAGCAGCCGGCGAAGCAGACAUGGGUCUAGGGGCAGAUCAAGGUGGUAGCAUAAGGAUUCCUGCAGCAAUGUGCGGUUUAAUCGGUCUCAAACCCACAUUUGGUUUAGUGCCCUACACUGGUGUAACUAGUAAUGAGUAUACGUUAGACCAUGUUGGGCCUAUGACGAAGACAGUAGAGGACAACGCGAAAAUGCUUCAAGUAUUAGCUGGUAUAGAUGACUUUGACGACCGUCAAACUGCGGUUCCAAAAGUAAUCAAUUACGAGUUUAAAGAGCAUCGCAAACUUACCAUUGGAAUUUUGAAGGAAGCAUUUGAAGUUCCCUUCUUAGAAGCUUCUAUGAAGUCGAAGCUGUUAGCGGCGAUUGAGAAGUUCAAGUCUCUUGGGUAUGAUGUUGUGGAAGUCUCCGUUCCGAUGCAUGCGCAGGCUCCACAACUCUGGUCUAUUAUUGAGAGAGUUUCCGGAUUACACAGUCGACUCGGCAAGGCUAGCGGAAGACGCAUCUAUUCAGAUCCAGAGUUCUUCAAGAACUCAUCUCCAUUAGGUCAGGAAUUCUUUUCGAAGGCUCCGGUUAAUGUCCGAAACAGUAUUGUCAACGGUUUAUAUUUUGAGGAGCAAUUUCCAGGAAUCUUCGCGAAGGCUACUAAUUUGGUUUUGAAGCUUAAAUCUGAGUACAAUAAAGCUCUGACCAAAGUUGAUCUACUGGUGGCUCCUACAACACCGUUCGUUGCUCCAACACACGGUCCUCGGGAGGGCUCUCCUAGAGAAAGAGUAAGUAGCACCUUUGGAAUAAACACUAAUACAUGUCCAUUCAAUAUAUCAGGACACCCUGCCCUAAAUUUACCAAUAGGAAUGCUUCCUGCUAAGAACUCCCCCUCCAGUAAACUUCCAGUCGGAAUGCAGAUUAUUGGUAAGUACUUUGAUGAAUCAACUAUAUACACUGCUGCCUACGCUUGGGAGCAGAGUUGUGAUUGGCGUUCAAACUGA